AGAAAUUUAUUCAUUCCCACCAUGACCGUCAAUCACUUGAAUGCUACCUCCAACGGGGCCGAGGCCCCCAAGUGCCGUGCAGCCCCCAUCCAUGCCAACCGCAAAAUGAGGGUCAUAGUCAUCGGCGCUGGCGCUUCGGGAAUCUAUAUGGCCUACAAGCUGAAGUACUCCUUCACUGAUGUCGUCCUGGAUGUCUACGAGAAGAAUUCCGACAUUGGUGGCACCUGGUUUGAGAACCGGUACCCCGGGUGUGCCUGUGAUGUGCCGGCCCACAACUACACGUAUUCCUUCGAGCCCAAAACGGACUGGUCCGCCAACUACGCCUCGUCUCGCGAAAUCUUCACCUACUUCAACGAUUUUCUCGACAAGUACGACCUGCGCAGCUACAUCAGUCUUCGGCACGAGGUAAUCGGGGCUCGCUGGGAAGAGGACAAAGGCCAAUGGGUCGUGCAAGUUCGCAAGCACAAUGGAUCUAUCUUCGAGCAGUGCUGCGACUUCGUGAUCAACGCCGCUGGAAUUCUCAACGCUUGGCGUUGGCCACCCAUCCCGGGGAUCCAGUCCUUUAAAGGCCAACUCUUGCACAGUGCUGCUUGGGAUGAGUCGAUCGAUCUGACUGGGAAGCAUGUUGGACUGAUUGGAAACGGUUCAUCUGGUAUUCAAAUCCUGCCGCAAGUGCAAAAGGUCGCCAAGCAUGUCACCACCUUCAUCCGGGAGCCAACCUGGGUGAGUCCGACCCUUGGCAUGGAGCUACACACGUAUUCCGAAGAGGAGAAGAAGGCCUUUAAGGAGCAGCCGGGGCUCCUACUCGAGAUGCGCAAGGCGACAGAGAAGGCCAUGGGGUCCGUCUUUCCUCUAUUGAUCAAGGGGUCGGAAACACAAGUCCAGAAUGUAGCCUACAUGAAGGAACAGAUGAUUAAAAAGCUCAAGAAUGAUGAACUGGCGAGUAAAUUGAUUCCCGAAUUUGCGCUCGGAUGCCGUCGCCUAACUCCCGGAGUCAACUAUUUGGAGAGCUUGACUCUUCCCAACGUUACAACCAUCUAUGGCGAGAUUACCAAGAUCACACCGACUGGCUGCGUGACAGAGAACGGCGUGGAGACGGACCUCGAUGUACUCAUUUGCGCCACGGGCUUCGACACAACCUUUAAGCCUCGCUUCCCAGUACUUGGCCGCGGCGGGAGAAACCUCCAGGCUGAGUGGGAGCAUGAACCUCGAAGCUAUCUUGGUUUAGCCGCUUCCGGGUUCCCAAAUUACUUCAUGUUCUUAGGCCCAAACUGCCCGAUCGGCAAUGGUCCGAUUAUCUUUAGUAUUGAGCUGCAGGGCUCUUACAUUGCUGAGUUCCUCAAUCGAUGGCAAAAGGAAGACAUCAAAGCCUUUGAUGCCAAGAAGGAGGCAGUCGACGACUUCAUGGAACAGAAGGAUCUCUUCAUGGAAACGACGGUCUGGAACACCAGCUGUCAGUCAUGGUACAAGAAUCCCAAAACGGGGAAGAUCACCGCUCUGUGGCCUGGGAGCACCUUGCACUAUAUGGAAACCCUGGCUAAGCCACGGUACGACGACUUCGACGUCACUUAUGCGUCAAAGAACCGAUUCGCGUACUUAGGAAAUGGGUUUAGCCAGCGUGAGAUGAACCCUAAAGCUGACAUUGCAUUCUAUAUUCGUGAAUACGAUGACGGGUCGUCAGUCUUUGGAGAUCUGUUCAGUACUCAUAACGCGAAAGAUUAUGGGGAUAAGUUGACGACAGUGGCAAGGCAGGCAAUGUAG